AUGGCGAAAACCUGCAUAAUUUUCUUGACGUUUCUCAUAAUCUCAACCUUCACCAUUGCUGAUCAAUUUUCUGAAGUCUUAGCUCCUGAAAAACUUGGAUUGAAAGAAGAGAAAUUAACUCAUCUUCAUUUUUACUUCCAUGAUAUUGUCAGCGGCCCUAAGCCUAGCGCCGUGAGAGUGGCUCAGGCAGCCGUGACCAACUCCUCGCAAACGGCUUUUGGUGCCGUGAACGUGAUGGAUGACGCAUUGACGGAAGCGCCGGAGCCCGGCUCCAAGGUUGUGGGAAGGGCUCAAGGGAUUUAUGCAUCAGCCUCACAAAGUGAACUUGGCUUAUUGAUGGUGUUGAAUUUUGCUUUCACUGAAGGGAAAUUUAAUGGUAGCGCACUAAGCAUUUUGGGCCGAAACACGGUGUUUUCGACAGUGAGGGAGAUGCCGAUCGUCGGCGGCAGUGGGGUUUUCCGAUUUUCCCGUGGCUAUGCUCAGGCGAAAACUCAUACACUUGAUAUUAAAACUGGAGAUGCCGUUGUGGAGUAUAAUGUUUAUGUUUUUCAUUAUAAUUAA